CAGACUCGUACCAAAAGAGAAGCAACUAUGGGCAGAACUUUAGUACCCCUCAGCCGAUUUCCAGGGCUGAGAGCUAUCAGCGUGGAUACUUCAAGGACCAAGAAUCUAUAGAGGAACCGAAGGUCAGCUUGAGUAACGUGGUGAACGACGACUUCAAGAUGAAGGACGUGUCUCUUGAAAGGUCCGAGCCAGGCGAUGAAGCAAUGCCUCCUGACUCUAAAGAGGACUCGUUAGUGGAUACGUGCAAAACUACGCCGCUGAUGUCGCACACCGACAGUCCACGCGGAAGCAUAACGAAACAAGCGUCCUUGGAAGAAAGUGUUCAAAUGGAUACUCCACCGAGGAGUCCACCGGAACCACCGCUAGACAAGGAGCUCCUCGAGAUGAUUGGAGCUGCCCCGAUACCUACGCAGCUGAAAGAACGACCGGAAAUGACGGCGAGGCAACGGUGGCAUUGGGCGUACAACCAAUUAGUAAUGCAGCUGCGGGUAAGUAAAUCACACUUUAUUCUAAAAUUCAUUAUCGCAUUAAAUUUGAAACGAACUAUUGCCACAUGGCAGAGCAUUAAUUCCCUCAAGACAUAGAAAUUUUCACAUCGAUGAAAUCGAAGUUCAAUAGGUAAUAAAAAUCAGCAAACGAAUAGCUCUACGCUUGCCACCGAUAUAGACGUGUAG